UUAAUUCAUAAGACGUCAUCACAUCACUACUAUCAUUACAAGAAAACUAAGAAGACGACAAGGAAGGGGGGAAAGCUGUUGUGUUUUAUAAUAAACAAAUUAUUUUGAUUUUUUUAUUAACUUUGUUAGCGACUGUACCGAGUUAAAACCUUCCAUUUUCGUCUCGACUGUACUGGGACUGGCAUACCAAUACCUCUUAGAAUGUCAUAGCUAUAUAUCUAGUCGGCGCUGCUGGGCAGCUCAGAUCUCUCUCAUUGUCUGCUCUGCUGCAGAGCUGUGCGCACCAGUACCAAUGCAAGAUGCAUCCGAUUUCAACAGUGGUUUUAAAAUGUAUAUUUAUACUUUCUUUAUUUGUUAAUUCGCAUCUUUCAUAUAAAAUCAAGAGAUCCCGUGAUCAUCAGAUCGCAGAGAGCGAAUCAGUUCUUGAUCCUUCCGGAAAUCUGUUACUAAAGUGGCGCGUCGAUUACACGCUGCGGAAGAUAAAGUUUCGGGUAUCGUUUUCGGAUAAGGCUUCCCCAUGCAACUGGUUCGCCUUAGGAUUCUCUGACAGAGGCAAUCUCAAUAACUCGGACGCCUGCUUAUUUUGGACUGAUUAUAAAGGAAAGCAGUACUAUGAGGACACACAUGCAGAUGAUCAAGGCAAGUUAAUUCGGGACAACAGACAAGACUGCGAUUCAUUUCACCUGGACGAGGCAACUGGGGACUUGGUGUUUGAACGCUACUUCGAUACCUGCGAUGAUAAUGACUACAUUAUCGAGGAUGGCACUGUCCACGUGGUAUGGGCCCGCGGUGCUGACAAACUGUUCACAUCCAAGGGUCUCUGUUUAAGUUGCACCCCUACCGAAGACCACGGCUUCAUCAGAGUCCGCCUACUGACUCCCCUGCGUAAUGAGAAAGUUGUUGGUCAUCAACUGCACUUCAAAACUAAGGACGUUCAAGUACCAGCUGAUGACACCACGUAUUGGUGCAAAGUAUUCAAGUUACCGGAUUAUGUUACUGAAAAAAGGCAUCAUAUUAUUCAGUUUGAAUCGUCAAUAACCAAAGGUAACGAGGGCUUGGUACACCACAUGGAGGUGUUCUAUUGCGACACGGACCCUCACGCGGUGAUACCACUUUAUGAAGGCAACUGCUUCGAUCCGAACAGACCUAAUAUCACUAAAACAUGUUCGAAGGUAAAAGCCGCCUGGGCAAUGGGAGCUCUGCCAUUUACUUACCCAAAAGAAGCUGGUUUGCCUCUCGGAGGACCGAAGUCAAACAAAUAUGUUUUGCUUGAAGUACAUUACAACAAUCCGCAGAUGAGAAAAGACUGGGUGGAUAGUUCUGGUAUGACCCUGCACCUCACCUCUGAGUUGCGACAGUACGACGCGGCGAUCAUGGAACUGGGCCUGGAGUACACCGACAAGAUGGCCAUCCCUGGGCGGCAGAAGGCUUUCCCAUUGACGGCCCACUGCGUCCCGCAAUGCACUGGAGUGGGUCUACCCUCAGACGGUAUAGUGGUGUUUGGCAGCCAACUACACACGCAUUUGACCGGCGUGGCAGUGUGGACGCGCCACUCGCGCCAGGGAAUUGAAUUGCCACUCCUUAACCAAGACAUACACUACUCCACCCACUUUCAGGAGAUACGAUUACUGCAUAGGCCUGUGAAAGUCCUACCGGGUGAUUACUUAGAAACAACAUGCAUUCACAACACUGAGGACAGAGAGAACGCCACGGUCGGCGGGCACUCCAUUCAAGACGAGAUGUGCGUCAACUACAUACACUACUACCCCGCCACGGAGCUGGAAGUCUGCAAGAGUGCUGUCUCCAAUUUGGCUCUAGAGAACUACUUCAAGUUCGAAAAAAAUUUCGACAACAUGCCUAUUUCAUACACAGCUGCCCCUCGUGCGAACUACUUGGCUAUACAUCCGUGGUCAGACUUGAGAGCUAGCGCCCUGAACACCCUGUACAUGGAGUCCCCGUUAUCUAUGCAGUGCAACAAGUCCGAUGGAACUCGAUUCCAGGGAGAUUGGGAAGGCCUUCUUAUUCCAAAGAUCAAAUUGCCUUUGCCACCGGAACGACGAGUUUGUCCAGGGGCGAUCAAUGCCAUCGAUAAUUAUUAAAAGCUCUGAAAAACUUCACUAUAUUUAUUUCAUAGUAACAGGAAAAUGUUAUAAUUUAGAUAUAAUGCGCCAAUGGCUUUUAAAUAAAAUACUUUGUGAUUAAAA